AUGGGUGAAAAACCACUUUCUUCUAUCGCUGGUCCGCUGUACUUUUUUGUUUUUGUUUUGAACAUCCUGAACUGUGAAUCGAGGUACAGUACACCAGCGACUACGACACACCCAGAUUGCAAUCUAAUCCUUUCAAUCUCGAAUUUGUUUCUUCAGCUAACAAGCAAAGGGAAUUCAUCAUCUGACGUUAAGGUCCAGGCUAAAAGCAAGUCAGGACACAUCAAACACCUUCCGUAUGAUAUUUUGUUAGACAUCUUUUCUCGGGUACCAGUUGAGUCCGUUUUAGACUGCAAACAAGUAUGCAAAAACUGGCUGAGUCUUCUUACUCGCAAAAGAACUUACUUUACUGACAUGCACGUACAGAGGCAGCUUAACCAACUUCACGAUGGUGAUGCUGCUAAUGUGGAUAGCGGUCUCCUUUGUGCUCGUACCGUGGAUGGAAAUUACGAAGAAGUUGCCCUUUUCUACGGGGAAAAUACAAUGAUAAGAUUAAUACUGAAGAGAAAUACACCUACAAGACAACACUUAAAAAGAUUAGACAUCCUCGAAUGUGCUUUGAUAUGCCAAGGGAAUACUUGGUUGGCUCAUGCAAUGGCUUGAUAUGCCUAGGUAGACACCACGACACAAUCAAUGAUCCCAUCUACAUUUGUAAUCCUGUUACCAGAGACCAUACUUAUCUUCCUAAACUCAAUGUACCUGUACGAAGUGGUCCCAGGGUUACUCAUGUCGCUCGGGGUUUUGGUUACGUUCGUUCCACAAAUGAGUACAAAGUUGUUAGAAUCUUCUUUGACGGAUACGAAGUAACGGGACAAGUCCAAGUAUACACUCUUGGUAGUGGUUGUGGGUGGAGAAACAAAAAUACACGCUUCCCAUGGGGAGGCUAUGAAAUGCCUGGUAUUUUUGCUAAUGAAGCUAUCUACUGGGUCGACGGCUCUAGCAUUUAUUCGUUUGAUUUGGUCAACGAAGAGUUCCAGAUUGUCCCAAACCCUCCUUGUUUCACCGAUGCCGUGAGUGUUGAUGUCAAAAGUAAUUUUGGACUUGUUGUGUUGGGAGGCAAAUUACGUUUUUAUUAUCAAAAUUUGGUAGCUCCACAUAUGGAAAUAUGGUCCUUGAAUAAGAGCAAGAUUUGGAUCAAGGAUUUCAGUAUAAUGUACCAGAUGAUUAAGAAGAAGAGUAUGAUAAGUUUUUGGCCCAUAUUGCUAACUAAGAACGGCGAAGUUAUAUUUGCAAAGUUAGAGAGGUGGCUUUACUGUUAUAACCCAAGAAUAGCAAGUUGGGAAUUUCUUGUGGAUGAUGAUGGUGUGGAUGAAAUUGUAACAAUUCCUCAUGUCAACACCUUUGUUUCUUUGAAGGCUAUCGGAGAAAAGCGGAGCAGAAGAAGAAGAAGCUGUGAAAGACUAAUUGACAAAGAUGGCGGAUAUUAGAGAAGCUGAUGAGGUAGAACUUGUCUUCGAAUUUUAAAUUUAUUAGACUUGUUUUCAAAUUCAUUAGUUUGUAGAUAAUUUUCACUCGGUUUGCUUAGCAUUUGCGAUCUCUUAUUUGCUUCCAUGAAACUUUUUUUUCUUCGUAUCUUACCUAGAUUCCUGGCUCUGCCGUUAGUUGCACUUAUCCGGCCAAGUGUCAUGAUAAGUGAAUGAAAUUUUCAAAUAGAACAAAAAAAGAUUGACCAGCAGUGUCAUGAUUGUCUUGUAUAGCACCAUUUCCUUUUCUGGAAGGGAAGAUGAUAGGAAUCUACUGCACCACCAAGUAGUUCCUGAUAAGAUAGAUUGCAUUGUAGCCGAUAUGAAAUUAGUAGUCAAAAUAUUGUUUUACAGCGUAUGAAUGAAUGAGUACCAAGAAGAAAAUCUGAACUUUUCUUUUACUAUGUAAUGUUGGCUCUGUUCUAUUUUCAUAGCUGUAUCGAAAACUAUUCAUGUGAUGUAUUACA